AUGCUGGCAGUAACACCUUCUCACGCUCUAGCUGCCCUGUAUGAUCAGCCUGCCGCCCUGCCGCCCAUCCCCACAGAGUUCCCUGAGCUUGGAGAUCUCCGUCUGCCAAUUAUCGAGAAGGUGGUGUUGAGGAAUGGGCUCCGAGUGUUCCUGGUGCAGGACCCAGAUGUUCCCCUUGUGAAGGGAAUGCUUCUGUUCCGCGGAGGCCUCAGAGCCAGCCCACCAGACAAGGUCGGUGUUGCGACCAUUGCAGCAGCCGUACAAAGAGCCGGGGGGUCGGUUGCGCAUCCAGGCAACGCUUUGGAUGAGGCUCUUGAGCAGAAAGCAGCAUCGAUAGAGGGCAAUGCCGGCCCUGAGGCGUCCUCACUUGGCUUUGAGUGUCUCGCAGAGGAUGUGGAUGAGGUGAUGGGCCUGUUCUCAGAGGUGCUGAAUUCGCCCGCCCUGCCGGAGGAGAAAGUGGCCCUGUACAAGUCUCAGGUGCUGAACAUUCUGGAGCACAUGUAUGACAACCCGGGUGCAGCCCCACGGCGGCUGCUGGCACGGCUGCUGUAUGGCCGCGACAGCGUUUUCGCGCGCACCCCCACGCCUGAUCAGGUCAAGGCAAUUAGUCGCGCUGACAUCAGCAGGCACCUGGCCACCUGGCAGCGGCCAGACGCUGCUGUGCUCGGCAUUGCAGGGGAUUUUGAUGUUGCAAGGAUGAAGGCGGUGCUUGAGAGGCAGCUGGGCGGGUGGAGGCCGGCAGCAGGGCAGCCUGCAACGCCUCCUGACGUGCCUAACACUCCCAUCCCAGAGUUCCAGCCCGAGCCAGCAUCUGUCUACGUUGUGGACAGGCCAGGCCUCACUCAGGUAAGCAUGUUGAUGGGAGAGCCUGGCAUUUCUCUGGCCGAUCCGGACAGCUACGCGCUGGAUGUGCUGGGGGACAUCCUCAACUCCUUCGGCGGGCGCCUGUUUGACCAGAUCAGGUCUAGAGAGGGGCUGACAUACAGCGUGAGCGGCGGCUGGGAUUCGCCCAUUGACCACCCGGGGCUCUUCGCUGCCGGGGGCUCUACCGCGCGGCCAGCAGAGUUCCUGGAGCAGCUCGAGCGCGUCCUCAGGGAAGCGACUGAAACGGCUCCAACAGAUCAGGAAAUUGCGUCGGCAAAGGCGGAGACACUGAACAGCUUCAUCUUCAAUUUUGCCUCCACCAAUGCCCAGAUGCAGCGGACAGUCAUCUAUGCGCUCCUGGGCCUGCCAGAGGACUAUCUGUUCACCUACAAGACGGGGAUAGAGGCGGUCACGGCGGAGGACGUAUUGGGCGCCGCGCAAAGGCACCUGCAUCCUGGGCGACAGACCGUGGUGAUGGCUGCAGACGCCAAUGCUGUGCAGCAGAGCUUACAGGAUCGCGGCCGCCGCGUGAUCCCCAUCAGCCUUGAAUAA